AUGGACAAGAGCAGUUCUGACAUCAUUGACAAGAGUCACGUCUCAGCAGGAGAUGGUGGCUCACAGAGACGGCGCACGUUUAGUGCCCGCAGCAUCCUCUCCUACAUAUUGCUUUUUCUCAUCGUAUUUGUAAUAUGGUCCCCCGACGCCCGAGGCCUGCUCUGGAAACCCCAUCGGCAUGCGUGUGGGAAGCACCUGACGGUCGAGGAGAGAGCCGUAAGGAUACUCAAGGAGAAUCCACUUAUUGAUGGUCACAAUGAUCUGAUGAUUUUCGUCCGAGGCGAAUACUCGAACCAUAUUUACAACAUUUCUGGAAACGACUUUGCGGAGAAGUUCGAAAACGGAGGACUCGCACAGCAUGUUGACAUUCCGCGCCUGGAGAAGGGCAUGCAAGGCGGUGCAUUCUGGAGUGCAUUCUGGCCUUGUCCUUUGGGUGACGGCACCAAUUUCUCAGACGCAAGAUAUCACAACAUUGUCAAAGCCACUCUUCAGCAGCUCGAUCUUUUCAACCGACUAGGCAAGGCCUAUCCCAAGUACUUUACUCCGACGCGUAGCAGCGCAGAAGCCAUCAAAGCCUUCAAGGAGGGCAACUUUAUCGCCCCUGUAAUCAUAGAGGGCCUGCACCAAAUCGGUAACUCCAUUUCCACCCUGCGUCUGUACCAUGAAUUGGGCGUGCGCUAUGCGACCUUGACCUGGAACUGUCACAACAAAUACGCCGACGCUGCCGUCGAGACUGACUCUGACUGGAAUUCCCACAUCGCAAAGCCGUACUGGAAAGGCCUCAGCCCGGCAGGCCGAGACUUGGUCAGGGAAAUGAACCGUCUCGGCAUGCUAGUCGAUCUGGCCCACGUAAGUCAAGAUACCAUGCGCGACGCACUCGUGGGCAACGGGGCUGCAAACUGGAACGGCAGUAUUGCGCCCCCCUUCUUCAGCCACAGCUCUGCUUAUGCAAUCUGCCCCCACCCCCGCAACGUACCCGACGACAUACUGCAGUUGGUUAAGCAGCGCAACUCUGUGGUCAUGGUAAACUUCAACCCAGAGUUCGUGUCAUGCAAGGCGGCCGAGACGCCCAACUCUUUUCCCGAAUACGUUCCCGAAAACAAUACACUGGCACAGGUUGUGAGACACAUCACACACAUAGGCGAACUCAUCGGGUACGACCAUGUUGGUAUCGGCACCGACUACGAUGGCAUUGAGGAGACACCAGAGGGGCUAGAGGAUGUUUCCAAGUUCCCCGACCUUAUCGCAGAACUACUGAGACAGGGAGUCAGCGAUAAAGAUGCGGCAAAGAUUGCUGGAGGCAAUAUACUAAGAGUAUGGGCUGAAGCCGACAGGGUUGCAAAGGAGCUCCAAAAGACGAUGCUGCCAUUGGAAGACGAGUUGCAGAAGUGGUAG